UCCUCGCUUUGUUUCGUCAACCAAAUCAAUUAUUUAUACAUUCGUGCUUUUUGCAAAUUAUAGCUCUGUUUUGUGUAUAAAUGAUGCAAGCACUUCAACGAUAACGCAAUCACAUCUUCACAUCUUCACACCUUCACAUAGCCUGAAAGAUCAUUUGAGUUUGUAGCGAGCAACUGACCAUCUUAGCCAUGGCUAGCCUUCAUCUUCUUCUUCUUUCUCUGUUCUCAGCUCUUCUCCUUGCCGCCACCAUUACAGAAUCCGAAGCAUACUCAACAACAGUGAAGGCACCAUAUCCAGGACAUAAACCAGAGAAACUAACCCACCUUCACUUCUACUUCCACGACAUUGUCUCCGGAAACAAACCAACGGCUGUGGUAGUCGCUAGAGGUCCUACAACAAACUCCUCUGCAACCAACUUUGGUGCAAUCGCAGACGAUCCAUUGACGAUGGGGCCUUUAAUAACCUCUGAGGAAAUUGGGAGAGCCCAAGGGAUGUAUGCAUCGGCUGACCAGAACAAGUUUGGUCUGCUAAUGGCUUUUAACUUUGUUAUCACAAAGGGUGAAUUUGCAGGGAGCACCAUCUCUAUGUAUGGCCGCAACCCAAUAUUGUCGAAGGUGAGAGAGAUGCCAAUCAUCGGAGGUACGGGAGCUUUUAGGUUCGGAAGAGGAUAUGCACAGGCUAAGACUUUUGUGUUCAAUACUAUCAGUGGAGAUGCUGUGGUCGAGUAUAAUGUCUAUAUUUGGCAUUAGCCUAUUGGCAUUUUUAUGUGCUUUUCACCACCUUUUUUUUGUUUUUUUUUGUUGAAAAUCAAAUGAAAUAACAACCGUUGGAAUAAAUGAUUUUUUGUUGUUGUUGCGUUGAAUUUGAUAUUGUGAC